AUGUUAAUACCGGUUUUCUUAAUUAUUUUAUGCGUAAUAUUAUAUUAUUUUUAUUGGAGAGAUAAGAGCAUCAAUAAUGUUCCGUUGUGCGACAAAUAUCUGCCUAUUAUUGGACACACGCAUCUGUUUAUUGGGAACACUAAAAGAGUACUUCGAACUGUGAAAAGUAUAUGUGAAGACACGAACGACAAGGGCGGUGUAACGGUGGCUAGAUUAGCACUCCAAGAUUAUUAUGUAAUAACUGAUCCAGUUGAUAAUUUGAAAAUAGCAAAUGGAACAUUUCUGAAACACUUUGCUUAUCGAUUUACCAGCCACUGGUUAGGGGAUGGUCUCAUUACUUCUUCAGGUGAAACUUGGAAGCGUCACCGUAAGCUGCUUAAUCCGGCGUUCAACCAACAAAUACUAAACAGCUUCAUCGGUGUAUUCAAUGAUGAAUCAAGGAAACUGGUUUCUGAAAUCGGAAAUGAAAUGGCCAAAGGCCCCGUGGAGGUUACGACACCCUUCAGACAAAUGGCUUUCAGAUUAUUAUUCUUAACGGCGUUUGGUAUACCAGUGGAGGACAGCGAUUUCAAUCAGAAAUACAUCCACUCGGUCGACAAAUUAUUGUCAAUGUUGAUAUAUCGGUUCCAGAAUGUUUUAUUACACAAUUCGUUCAUUUACAAAAUUAGCGGCUUAAAGAAAAAAGAAGAACAAAUUGUUGAGACAGUACAUGCAAUGUCGAACAUGAUUAUAAAGCGUAAAAGGGAAGCUUCUAAGAACAAAUCACCGACUGACGAACAUUGUUACGACACCACACACAGAUAUAAAUCAAUACUCGAUCUGCUUCUGAAAGGAUUGGACGGAGAUGCUCUGACCGACAAAGAGAUCAGAGAUGAGGUCGACACCAUCAUAGUCGCCGGAUACGAUACAUCGUCAUGGGUCUUGACGUUGGUCAUGAUGGCACUGGGCUCUUACCCCGAAAUCCAGAAUAAAGUUUACCAGGAAGUAAGCUCCAUUUUCGGAGACUCAGAGGCAGACGUCGAUAAAUCACACUACCCAGGGUUGGUUUACGUCGAAGCUGUCCUAAAGGAGACCUUGAGACUAUAUCCGAUCGUACCAAUUGCUUUGAGACAAACUGAAAGCGACAUUGAACUGAAGAACUACACGAUACCGGCCGACAGUAACUGUGUGCUGGGUAUCUAUGGUCUGAACCGUCACCCAGUGUGGGGCCCUGACGCGCACACGUUCCGACCAGAGCGCUGGUUGGAGCCCGGAGGUGUGCCCGACGACCCUAAUGCAUUCGCAGGAUUCAGCGUCGGGAAACGGACAUGUAUCGGUAAAGUCUAUGCUCUGAUGUCUAUGAAGACCACUCUAGUGCAUUUAAUACGACGAUACAAGGUUACCGCAGAUAUCUCCAAGGUGGAAUUCAAAAUGGAUGUGCUCAUGACGCCGGUGAACAAUUGCAACGUCAAAUUUGAAUUGAGGAAGUGAAUACUUCUUGUACGAAUGUAGAACUUGUAGCUACAGGAAGUGGAUUACACUAAAUUGCCAUAAUAUGCCAC